CAGAAGGCAGCUGUGUUGCCCAGGGAGCCCCACUGUGAGUCACAGUUCUCCGUCCAUGGUGACGAGGGAAGUAGCCCUGUUCAGCAGUUGCCUGGGGCAGUUGCUUCUGGAGAGCUGCUUUCGCCUGACCAGGCAAGGACUGGGACUGAGGAGGGAGGUGUGAGCAGGUAGCCUACCUCUGCCCAGAGAUGCCAGGAAGGAGGGUACGUGCGACAAGAUGCCAAUGUCUCAACUGGAAGCCAGGGAAGGAAGUAGUGGAGCCAACCCCCUGCCAGGAGAGCAGGUACGAGGGGGAGCAGAGAGGGAUGAGGGGAGAAUGGGGCUGGGCUGCUGUCGCUUUGGUUCCUCUCCUCCCACUGCAGACCCGUAAAGCUAAGGAUGGGGAAAGGAGAGGGGAGAGCCCUGGAAGCAGCCCAGCCUUGCUGCCCUCUCUCUUCUACAGCUGGGAUGUGCUCUUGGGAGGCUUCCAGAGGCCAGCUUCUGGCAAAGGCCUUGGCUCACACAGCCUGGGGACAGUGGGCAACUGGAACCUGUUUUUUUCCUCCUGCCAUAGGGUCAUCAAUGUAGAGGCAGAACUCAGCUUGCCACCCAGGGUCAGCAAUGUAGAGGCAGAACUCAGCUUGCCACCUAGGGUCAGCAAUGUAGAGGCAGAGGUCAUCUUGCCACGUAGGUUCGUCAGUGUAGAGACCCAAGUCAGCUUGCCACUAGCUCCCAGCUCGGACACUGCUCCAGAGCAGCCGGUGGCAGAGUGCCACAGAGCCCAGGAAGAUGCAGGGAUGAUCUUCAGCCUCGCCUGCACACUGGCAGUCUGCCUGUGGAACUGGCUGCAACACACACACCCCUUUGCUAGGCUGAAGACAUCCCUGGAGAACCAGAGGUUCAAGGCAGCCCUGGAAAACAGGUUCUUGGUGCUGCUCGUAGUGCUUCUGGUUGGCAUUUACUGUGGGACUCUGCUGUCAGCGUGGAGGAUGCAGGCGAAGGCAGGCACAGAGGAAGAUGACAAGGGAGCACUGGAGAUGUCUUUUCAUGUCAACAUGAUGAAUUCUGACUGGGCCCUGAAAAGCUUGGGUGCCACCAUUGACAUGAAGAGAACUUCCCCCACCUACAGGUGCGGAUGGAAGUGGGGCUACAGUCUUUUGCUGAACAGAAGGUGCACUGAGGAUGAGCCUGACACCAUCUUGCAGAUGGAUGUCUCCCAGGGCAAGCGCUGGUGUUUCCCAGGGCAUUCUGGCCACGUUGUCAUCAGGCUGCCAGCCCGAGUCCACCUGACUGCCAUCGCUGUGCAGCACAUCGUUGAGGAAGACUCCUUGUCUGUGGCUGCCAGCAGUGCUCCCAAAGGCCUGGCUGUCUAUGGAUUUGAGGCUGAAAGUGAAGAGGAAACUUGGCUCGGUUCGUUCAUCUAUGAUGUGGCAAAAGAGUCCAUUCAGCCCUUCUCUCUGAAGAACACACAGAUCUCCAGAGCUUUUUCUUCUGUCAAAGUUCUUGUGAUGAGCAACUGGGGAAGCCCAAAGUACACGUGCAUUUCUCGAGUCCGGGUUCAUGGGAGGAUGGCAUAACAAGAGAGACCCGGAUAGAAGGCAGAAACUGGAAAGGUUCCAGGGUUUCAUAGAGCCCCAGUCCACCAUCUCCAGCUCUUGGGACAUAAAUUGUAGCUGCGAGAGAUAAGCAGAAAUGGACUGAAGAACAAGAGGCAAUGCCUUUAUGGCUAUUACCUAAAUGUAGGAUUAUAUUAGUGACAGAUGUCGGUUAGACAGAAUAAAAUUAUUAGUGAAGAUAAA